AUGGCAAGGAAAAGCGGUGCCAACCAGGCAUCCCACCAUGCACGCAACCAACUUGGUUCAGUUGGACAGUUCCGGUUCAUUGCUAUCCAAAACCCAGAUCAUGCCAAGGACCGCUCAGUGAGGCGCCUAGCCCGAUCCCACGCUGUCGCCCGAGGCAUCGAGAAGAAACGAAAGCUCGAACAAAAAUCAGGACACAAUUUCCGUAUAGUCUCUAUACCAGAUGAUGCUGGUCGACCCGCAAAGAAAGCCGAACAGGAAAAAGUCCUGGGCUGGAUACCGAGCUCCCUAUUAACGCCCCAGGCUAGCCCAUUCCAGACACUUACAGCAGAAUCACCGAAACUCCAAGCAUUGCUCAGCCACCGCAAAUCCCAGAAAGCUACCGAGCCCGUUUUUAGCAUUUCAGACGAGCUUGUCCUCCAGAGUCUGGGCUCAACUCUCCGAAAAGGCCUUGAUGAUGAUGCUCUUUUGAAUGCCGUCAUGCUGACAUUCGCAUUUGCUGUCAGCUCCGGCAGCAUUGAUAAAGAGUGCUUGGACUACCAGAGCGAUGCUUUGAGUUCCAUUCGUCAGAGCAUGAGUUCUCCAGAACGAGCUACUUCAGAAUCGACACUUGGGGCUAUCCUGCUGCUCGCCGGGAUAGAUGCUCGUCUUGGAAUGCCCCGCCAAGUCCAACUUCAUAUGGGUGCGAUCCGUCAGCUCCUUGACGUGUGUCGAACAAAAGGUGUAUACUUGAGCGAUGGCAUCAAACGUGCCAUAUUCUGGCAGGACUUGAAUUCCUCCGUCAUGACAGGGUCGAAACGCGUUGUCGAUCACACAACCUUUUCCGAACUCCAUUGGGCACGGGAUCCCUUCUCUCCAAACUUUUUUAUCCUACCACCUGGAUUUCAAUCACUAUCUCAUGUGUUUGACGAAGAGUUUAUUGAGGUGCUCAAGGACGUCCACGCCUUGAAAUGCAUCCGAGACAAUUCUCGUAUUGGCAGAGGCGAUGUGGUGGGAAUGGCACGCAUUGAUAACCACCAGGCAUCCAUUCAGUCAAGACUGGCAAGCUUACAAGCCCACUCUCCAAUCUCGGAGUGCUGCCGAUUAGCAGCAUAUCUGUGUUCAACCUCGCUGCGCUGCAAAAUAUGGCCAGCCUCCACCAUUCCCUCACACCUUUCAUCACAACUACUCUACAAAUUGCAAGAAGUCAGUGAUGACCCCGUAUGGGAUGACUUCCCUGAUUUUCUCGCUUGGCUCUUGCACAUUGGCGGUGGUUUUGCCCUCCCAGGCACAAUACGAUCUGGUUACUUGGCGUUGCUGCGAUCUGAGAACAACACCAGGUUGGGGGGGUUGUAUGAAUCGUGGCCGGAACUGCUUGAGAUCUUGAAGCAGUUCAUUUGGUCAGAGAUAGCAUUCGCAUUACCUGUAAAGACAUUCUGGGAAGAUAGCUCUAGUUAG